UGGUUCAUGCACUUGCAUACCCGGAAAUAGUGUGAGUGGGUGGACCGGCCGGGUGAGAGAGAUAGAAAAGGAUUGUAGAGUUACAGUGGCACCUUCGCCACCCUGGGGGGCUUCGAGUGGAAAUUCCAUUGAUUGUUAAAUCUUAUUUGCAACAGCGGUUCAUGUGUUUUUAUUGAUGUUGGAUUAUUCACGGUGGAAUGAUCAACCCUUGCGAUACGUUUUUGGGGCAUUUUUUCGUAAUUUUCGUGACGCAAGGGCACAUCAAAGUACAGAGAAAAAGGAGCUAACAUGAGCGAAGUGGAGAAACGUGUUUAUCAUGAACUAAUCGUUUGCAGUUAUUUUAUUAUUUAAAUUGUUCUAAUCAAUUCAGUAAUAACAUAUUAGUCCAAUAAGAGAGAGGCGCGAUUCGAGUGAUUCACUGACACCUAAUGUCAUGAUUUGAUGUCGAGAAGAAUAUAAUUCAAGAGAACACAGGUUAUUUAUGGAAAAACCUACAAACAAUGCAAUAUACUUUUAAUAUGUAAGAUAUUAUAUCUUACAUAUGGCUAUAUAACCUAUAUUUGAUUUUCGCACCCACUGUCCCAUGUCAUUCAAUACCAAUAUAAAUAGUUGCGUUUGCGUUGUUGGUGUAAUUUGUAUCAAACCAACUGAAGGAUGACUGUCAAACUGGACUUUGAAGAGUGUCUCAAAGACUCCCCCCGAUUCAGGGCGGACAUUGAAGUGGUGGAAGGAGAUGUCAGUGAAUUGGAGACGCGAUUAGAAAAGCUGGUGAAGCAGUGCCACUCCAUGCUGGAGGCUGGCAGGGCCUACUGUCAGACCAGCAAGAGCUUUGUCACAGGGCUCAAAGAGCUGGGCCACCACUGUUCUGGGGACAACAUGAUGGGGGAGUGUUUGGAGAAAUUCUCCCAGAAGCUGGAAGUGAUUCUGGAAGCUCAGGGGGAAGUGAUUGAGACCACACAGAAGUCGGUGAAGUUGAAACUGCAGAGUUUUGUGAAAGAGGACGUGCGUCGGUUCAAGGAUGUGCGUAAGGAGUUUGAGCGGGGCAGUGAGAGUCUGGAGGCGGCGUUGGGCAGGAACGCUCAGGCCCCCCGGGGGAAGCAGCACGAGGUGGAGGAAGCCAGCCACGCCCUCCUCAAUGCCCGCAAGACCUUCCGUUCCGGGGCCCUCGACUACGUACUGCAGAUCAAUGUCAUCGAGGCCAAGAAGAAGACCGACAUUCUGAUGGCGAUGGUGUCUAUGAUGGAAGCCCAGUCCCAGUUCUUCCAACAAGGUCACCAGUCCCUCUCUGAGCUGGCCGACUAUCGACGCACCCUGAGUGAAGAGCACACUCAACUAGUGUUGAAUUCCGCAAGGGAGAAGAGAGACAUGGAACAGAGACACGCUGCCAUUAAGAAAAAGGAUGUCUCGUAUGAUAACUCCUUAAUGGAUUUCUGUGCUGAUGCACCCAACGGUAUCGCCAUGGAGGGCUACCUGUAUAAGAGAGCUAGCAAUGCCUUCAAGACCUGGAGCAGGCGCUGGUUCUCUAUCCAGAAAAAUCAACUGGUCUAUCAGAAGAAAUUCAAGGAGCAGCCCACCGUGGUGAUGGAGGACCUGCGUCUGUGCACAGUGAAGGUCUGCGCUGACAACGAGAGACGAUUCUGCUUUGAGGUGGUCUCACCGUCCAAGAGCUGUCUGUUACAGGCGGACUCAGAGCGUCAGCAACAGGGCUGGAUCAGUGCUGUCCAGAACAGCAUAGCCUCAGCCUUCCAGGAACGCAGAGAAGACCCACACAGCCCAAGGGAGCGUUGCAGCUCAGUGUCGGGCAGCCCAGGAGGAGGGGUGUUUGGGGAUCAGGAGAAGACGGGGGGCCGCGAGGCCCUGGAUCAGGUCCAGGGCAUCCCGGGAAACAGGCAGUGCUGCGACUGUGGAGAACCUGGUCCGGACUGGGCCUCUAUUAACCUGGGGAUCACCCUCUGUAUCGUCUGUUCUGGGAUACACAGGAGUCUGGGUGUCCACUUCUCCAAAGUACGCUCCCUCACCCUGGACUCCUGGGAACCAGAGCUGGUCAGGUUGAUGUGUGAGUUGGGCAACACAGCCAUCAACAGGAUCUACGAGGCGCGGAUUGAUGAGAUCACUAUCAAGAAACCCCACCCGUCCAGUCCAAGGGGUGAUAAGGAGUCGUGGAUUCGUUCUAAGUUUGUGGAGAAGAAGUUUAUCCAGAAGCUCCCGGAGACGGGUCGGAACAUUCCACUGCGGCGCUCCAGCGCCCGGAGGAACCGAGCAAACACCCAGGAGAGGCCAGCCGGCUCACGACCACCACUCAAACCCAAACCCAAUCGGGCCACCCUGCCACGACUCCCAGGGCUCAACCAGAGUGAUCUUCUUCAAAAGAACAAUACAGGCAUUCACAAAGAUGGUGAAGAUGAUGAUGAAGAGGAGGACCUGUCUGGUCUUCAUCCCGGGGCGUUGUUAUAUCGGUCUGCAGCGCUGCAGCAUUUCCCUGUCAUGGCCGACGCCCUGGCCCACGGAGCUGACGUCAACUGGGUCAACACAGUCGAGGAGUCCAGCACCCCACUCAUACAAGCCGUCACCGCGAACUCCUUGGCAGCGUGUGAGUUCCUGCUGCAAAACGGUGCCAAUGUCAACACCGCAGACAGCAAUGGGAGAGGACCCCUACACCACGCCACUAUACUGGGACACACUGGGCUGGUGUGUCUGUUCCUGAAGAGAGGGGCGGACUACAACGCUAGAGACCACACCCAGAAAGAUCCCAUCACCAUUGCCGUGGAAACCGCCAACGCUGACAUCGUCACCCUGCUGCGAAUCGCCAAGAUGAACAAGGAGAUGCGGGAGAUGGACGGAGCCUUUGGCCAACCAGGUGAUGAAACGUACCAGGACAUCUUCAGGGACUUCUCUCACAUGGCCUCUAACAACCCAGAGAAGCUGAAACGGCGUAGCACAGAUUUUAAGACUUGACCUACCCCAGCUGCUGUUAUGCUGUUUUCCUUGUCUUACACACGCACACAUUUGCUGGCCACCUGCUCUGCGUAAGGUCGUAGCUCAGCUGGUCAUUACUCCUAGUAGAGCCUCCAGUCCCAUCAGUAAUGUCUUUGUGUUUGGCUGCCAGAGACAAGUGGUUGUAGGAGAGAACAAGCUGGACAGCCUAAUGACAGCCAAUACAGUAGAAACUUCCCAUUUUAAAUGAUUAAUUUCGCUUUCCCGUAGUCUUGAGGGCCAUCCGUCCUAAUCUCGUCUUGUUGACUUGGCUCCAACCAGGUCUCCCAGAAUUAGAACAAAAACAAAAGUUGCCUUUUUUGUUGAUUUGUAUGAAUUUUGAUUGAGCCCUCAAAUGUACUGAACAAUGUGACAAAAUAAUAUGAGAGCAAAGGGUCAAAUUGUUGUAUGUGCUCUUGUACUUCAUAAUUUGUGAUGUGAUGUGUUGUUUGUGUUUGUAUUGGCUGCCUGAGGUACCAGAGCUGUAUUUCGUACGGACGAUUAAAAUACCAGUUCAUUUAAUAUACCCAAUUAUCAAGCAGUAAAACACUUAAUUCACUGCAUCCUCCAGAAAUGUGUAGCAACCACUCAUGUCAUUAAAAUGUAUUGUGUUCAAUUAAAUGAUUCAUCCAGACACGCA